CGGAGCCAAAUCAACAUGGCUGACGAUAUGAGAAUUUAUGCUAUUUUGUGAUCAAAAGUAUUGUCUGUCUACUCGGAAUCGACAUCAAUAUUUAAUCAACUGACAUACUGAUUGCGAAGAAGAUAGUUAAAGAUGCCGUCCAAGGCAGACCGAGAUCUUGGGCCUAAACGGCCCCAGAGUGGCAAGGUGUCCUCGGUCGUCAGCUAUGAGGACAUGAUCAUCGCACAGUAUCUAGAUGAACUCAAAAAAUCACCUCCAUACACAAAGAAAUCUCAUCACCCACCACAGUCACCUUACUCACAACGUCUGUCAUCGUCGCAAAUUGUCGCAGCAAUGGCAGCCGUCAAUGCCCGCCAAAAACCACCGCGACCACAGUCGGCAAAGACACCAACAACAUCAUCCGGAAAACCCAAAAUAGAUCCAAAAUUUAUUGCGGACCCGGAAAAAUGGGACCCUGCUACUCCAAGGGAGAGUGUUGAUGUGACCACGCAAGUAGACCAGAAGAAGAAAAAUAUGCGGCCAGCCAGUGCCCCCGCUGGCAAUCACCCAAAUAGGAGAAGGCCGUUGUCCGCAUACUAUGGUGGUUCAACUGGACGGAUGAGACCACAGUCUGCUAAGUCGGGCACAUCCUCAAUGUAUGGGCGGUCGAGAAAAAUAAAGUCGCUGUAUAAAAGACAACCAGAGACGAUAGUUGUGACAGCUUUCAAAAAUGGCAGCCGGGAUACGUUUUGUAAAGUUGCUGCAUCAUCUCUGAAAUUGCUUCUCGAGAUGUGCACGGACAAGCUGCCACUCCCCUUGGCUGCCCGACGGUUGUUCUUAUGCGAUGGUAAAGAGGUGUUUGAAGCGCAUGACAUUCCUCGAGGAGCCGAGGUUUAUGUCUCGAUGGGAGAAGAUUACAAGGAUCACAUGAAACAUGCAGUCUAUGAAUCCAAAUCCACCAACUCAGCCACGUGGACAAUGAAUGGGCUUGUCAUCCCACACACCAAGAAGAGAAAGACCAAACCCUUGAUGACCAAAAGGUUCAAAACGCUGAUCGACAGGCCAACGUUACGCAUCAUGGUCUACAAGAAUGGUUGCUAUACUGAUGGAACAGAAUCGGUUGCUGAUCCACGGAAAUGGCAACUUUUCCUUGAUGGUAUUUCAUCAAAGCUUGAACUACGUAGUCCAUGUCGUAUACUUUAUGACUGGGAGGGAAAUCCAGUUGUACAGAUCACACAGAACUGGGACGGAACGGAAAAGAUCACUGUGAACGAGAUCCCCAAGCUGAUGGACCCCUGCAUGCAGACCACUUCCACCUCUCAGGUGCUUGGACCUCUGUGGGCAUCAUCGGGCGAGGGCUUCAGUCCCCUAGCGGCUACUAAUCAUCUCAAAUCACUGAUGAAACAAGUGAAAACGAGGCUGGACGAGUCAAAUAGAUAUAAACAACAGUUACGAUUGGCUCAAAGCGGUUUAUCGGAACAAGUGAAUAUUGUCACCAUCAACUCGAUGACUGAUCUCGAGAUUGAGAAUGGGCUGUCAAUGGUGGACUGUGACAUCAAAGAUUUCACAAACAUGAAACAGAAACUGAAGCAGUAUCUUAAUGGGUUGAAGUCGGAGAUGGUUAAUGAAGUGGAUGAGGGCAAUUCCUACAAAUUACGCCACAUUCAGAAGUUUGAAAUGGAGAAUAAACUGGUCGAUAUCCGAAGAUUGCGACUUGUCGUCUACAAGAACGGAAGCUAUGAAUCGCCUGUCAAUGUUUUCUUCAACAUGACGGAUGCCAGACGAGGCAUAGGAGACGACAAACAGAAAAUGUUGGAAAAGUUGUUGGAUACUGUGGCCUCAUCCUGUAAACACUACAGUGAGGAAGGUGAACAGGGAAUGACGGCAAGAAAGUGGAAAUUAUUUGAUAAGAGCGGCCAAGAAGUACUCGAUGUCUUUAAGCUGGAACAGGAACAGGAAGUCUGGUUCACAUUUGGUGAUCCGUACAAGAGUCCCUUCACAUUCUGCCUGCAGGGAACCUUCGACCGUGUUCGUGGCUUCAUGAUCGUCACCACAACUAAAGAACCAGCAAAGAAGAAAAGUGUCAUGGAUAAUCUGAUCAUGGCUGGUGAAGGUGAGGAGGAUGAGGAAAAUGGGUUGCCAACGACAACGCUGGAAGCGCAGGAGGAAGUUGCAGUUGUCAUGGAGGAGAAACAGGUCCUGGUCCGAGAGCAGUUGAUGAUGGACCCUGAACUUCUUAACGGCAAAGACAAGGCAUCUGCUUGGCGCACUUGCGGCGGUCCUCCAGAGAAUUUCAAAUUUGAAAAACCAUCACCGUAUGAUCAGGAGCUCAUUGCCUCCAUGAUUGAGCAAUCAGAAAUUGGCCUGACAAAUGACUUCCUGGCCAGUAAGGAUGAUUCUGACUUUGUUUUGUUUCCCGAGUUGAGUGUUGCUACCAAGAAACCUAAAGGUCACACAUCAGUUUGGCCGGCUGAUGCCCAAAUCUGGGUGAUAUCAAAGGAGGGUUAUAUCUACAUGAAGCCUAUGCCUAGUUUGGUUUUGACUGUCACUGCAACGAUCGUCAAGGUCGACCUACCAAACAGUACAGAGGUUGAAGGAUAUGCUGUUGGUCUGAAGAAAAAGGUUGGAGAUGCGACACAGAUGUGGCAGUUUGGAGGCGAUGGGUUCAUUACUGCAGAGAGUCAGCCAGAACUCGCCUUGACGUAUCUCGGCGGAGUGAUUGAUAAUGAAGAGACAAUCCAAAAACCAGCAGACGACCCAUCGAUUCCACCCGGACACAAAUACUUUGUGACAGUCUGUGAGAAACUCCCAAGAAAGGAUGCAAAGUAUCAGAGAUGGGCAUUAAAGCAGGAGAGGACUGAUAUUAUUGGUCAAUGGAAGCACUCUACUGUGGAGAAUCCUGAAUGGAACAAACGUGCGCUCUCGUGGCCAGUCGAUAAAGAUGGAGAGAUAAAUGAGAAAUUUGAUUGGCCUAUGGAAGGCUACUUGAUACCUUAUGCGCCACCGGUGGAGAAUCCACGUAAACCAAGUGUGUCGACUACAAUGAGGCUGUUGGUGUUGCGUAACGGAGACAAGGACCCUGGCUGUGCUGUUCCUAUCGUUGGCCCUGAUCUAACAAAUAUGUCCAAAGAUUUGAAGAAAACCCAGAACGGUAAAACUAAUAAACAUGCCCGCCGAUCUUCUCGAGAUAACAAGGAGAAUAACGAGGAUUCUGUUGCCAAUGGACAAAGUCUUCAUUGUUCUGAUCUCUCUCUUCAGCAGCUCGAGUUCCGUUUGUUCCUGGAGCACUGCACCAGCAUGCUGAACCUCCCCUUUGCUGCCAGGCGGUUAUUCGACGACCAGGGCCAUGAACAUUUCACGAUCAGAGACACAUUGCUACGUGACCAGCUCGUUUACAUCUCAUGUGGUGAACCAUGGACGGACCCCAAACUGACUAAAGCCGAACAACAGAGACGUUUCCUUCUAGCUAACCUUUCCGCUGAUAUUGCUCAGAUCAGACAGUUUGUUGCUCUUAGAAAACCUGAAGGUUUUGUGUUGGAAGUUGAAGGUGGUCUAACACCGAGUGCUCGCCUCAUCAUCAAUAAGUCGGCCAUCUCGCCCGAGGAAGACAAGGCAGAUGAAAAUGAGGCUCCGGUCGAGGUUGAGGAGAAAGAUGAGGAGGUGAUUGCUCAAGAGGAGAUGAUGCAGAGUUUAUUGAAUGAGAAACUGAGUGCUCAUGAUAGAUCACAUCAGAGGUCCGAACGACGUCUGGAGAAUCUAAGAUGGCCGUGGGAGCGUAUAAUGGAACAGGAUGAAAAUGAUGAUCUCGAUGAGGAAGAGAGAAAGAAAGAAGAAGCAUUUACAAGCAAAGAAAUGUAUAGGAAAUACAAACCUAAGCAUCCAGUUUCCCCUCGGUAUCCUCGGUUGCAUCUACAGAAGUUCACCUAUACUGAUGGCUUCCUGGCGUGUGCAAGUAAACCUGAGCUAGUUCUCGGGGUCACUGAAGGUGAAGGUCGCGCAUCGGAGGUGACCUUGAAGAAGAGGAAUGUAGACGAUAUCUUCCAGAGGUGGAUUAUAAGUAGUUCAGGACUUAUCAAAGCCAAACACAAUCAGAAGAUGGUCCUCAGCGUUACCAUGCCAACGAACCUACGGCGGGACGACCAGAGUAUGACGUUGAGCUACGCCAACUCGUCCAUUGUCUUACUCCAGCACAAGAAUACUCAGUUUGGUCGAUCCAAUCAGAAGUUCAUGUUUGAUCACGAUACUGGUUUGAUUCAGGCAUUUUAUACAGACUUCUUAGAUAAAGAGAUUACAGCCGCAAACAAAGCCAAUAUCUGCACCUUCGCAGUGAUCGGGGACACAGAACUUGACCAACCGGGCUAUGAGGUUGAGUACCCCUUACCAAACAACCAAAUGACGAAGUUGGUCGUGUGCGCAUCUUGUGCCCGUGCCAUGAGGGGGCGCUUCAAGACACAGAAGAUUAUCAAGAAUGUGGACUUUGCUUGUGCUAUGGGGCAAGCUCAAGAUCUCGGAGUGAAACAAGUUGGUAGUUUCCAAUGCCUGAAUGGAAAAGUUGAUCUGUCCACCUUUGAAGCAGAACACACCCUCGAGGCCUGGGAGGACCAACUGGAGAGACUACGUAAGGAACGUAGCGUGCGUAAUAUCGCGCGUGAGAUCAGCCAGGCAAGGUCACCGCUCACAGUCAAGGUGGCUGCUUACUUGAAUGGCGAGGGAAGGAUGGCUCAAGCUGAACUCAUCUUCGCGUCCAGCAUCCCUGGGUUACUGCAGCAGUGCACUGACCGUCUACACGCCCACUCGGCUGUACGUCGCCUCUAUACCUCUGACGGCAUCAUCAUCCUGGACAUUGACGACCUGAUUCAAUGGGGAGUGGACCAUCACAUACUGAUGCUGAAAAAAGCAAAGGUUGCUGAGAUGGGCGGUGAGGCUCCAAAAGUGGCAGAGGAGGCCAAAGAAGGGCAGCCACAAGAUGAAGAAGGUGGGGCUGAGGUUGGCUCUGGCCAGCACUCGCGCAGCUCCUCUAGUGGCCCAAUAGAGGUGCGCACCCUCAUGGCUGGCAGUCGUUCACACCAUUACGGUGUGCAAGGAGAAAAAGAGGACAUUCCGAAACCAGAAAAUGAUGAAACUGAACCCAAUGUAGGUGAAGGUCAGGAAGAGGGAGGUCAAGAGCUGCUUGAAGGUCAUGAAGGUGUUGAGGUUCAAGGUCAAACAGAGAAGAACGAACAAGAUGAACUGGCUGAUUUGGUGCACAUUGAGGUCCAGAUUCCACCCGUUGAGACGAUAUUGCGCUAUCCCAUCGAGCUGUGGGCAUCUGUUGGAGAGAAGUUCAAGCCACCAGCAGCUGUUGUUGCACGGACAGAAAGAAAGAAAAAAUGGCAGGAGGAGCGAUCCGCUGUCGUCCAGGAGUUGGAGACAGAGAAACACGUCCUGAGACAGAUGCAGGGCCGACGCCUCCAAGAGGGGAGCCCAGGGAACUUCAAGGGGACGAAUGAUCCUGACCAGCCUGUCCUGAUCGAAGGGAACUGGCAGGAACCCACGGAGGAGGAACAGCAGAAACAUGAUACAGUCCACCAGCUGCAGACUCAUCUCUCGGAGGUGAAACACACACAGGACUCAGACAGCCUCAAGACGUGUAAUCAGGCCACGUCUCACAGACUUUAUGGACAGCCCCAAAUGAGGCGUGUUCAGGUGUACCCGAAUGGUGAGAGCCUUAGUCGUGCUGUCUAUGUGUGGGGAGAAUCUCUUGCUCAGAUUCUAGACAAUGCAACCAUGAGACUAAACUUGAGGAAACAUGGGAAGAUUCUGUUUGACGUCACAGGAAAACAGAUUGGUCGAUUUGGAGAGAUAGAACGUGACAUGCUUCUAUGUGUCUCAAUGGGAAAGCCAUAUAUGAAGCCGAGAGAUGUCAAGGAGGACAUCGAGAUUAAAGCGAACUGGUCACGUGCUCGCAAGAAAUAUGGACCACGAGCGACAGAUAUUGAGGUGUUUACCAACAAGAACCCGCGCGUUGAUGUUGAUCCUUUUGGUCCUCCCAGCCUAGCAGAGGCUGCAGGGAAGAAACCACCAAGGCCAAAGUCUGCCAAGAAGACUACGCCAGCCGUUGAUGAUGACACUGAAUUCAUUGACGAGAUGCAGAAUGGUCAGACGGAUGAGAUGUAACGAGCUCUAAUUUGAUUGCAGUGUGAUUUGGAUUCAUUGUCCGGUUAUUGAAUGGAGAACGAUUCUAAUUGACCCCAGAGGGGCCGAAUCUUGGUGACGAUUGUUUGCCAUUAAGUAUCAGAGCUCUACUUGUCAUACUGUUGGCGAUCUCUGGUAUCAAUACUAUGCCAUCUAUGAGUGCCUUUAAAGGGUAAAUUCUGUCCUUGUGGACAUCUUUACAUGUAUUGCUGCAUACAAUUCUACAUGAGAUAAAAACUUCAUUUUGCGAAGAGUAGGCAAUGUAUCCUUAAUUAUGAGAUUAUAUUUAUUUGUGUUUGAAUACUGACUUGUUAAUCUAACUAGAGCUAGGCCAUGUAUAAGCACAUUUGAAAAUAUGCAGUGUUUUCAGUUCUAGUUUUGAGAAGCGUCAAAUCUUUGUACAUAAAUAAGAAUUCUAUUGUCUAUUUUUACACCGAAAGCCAUGUUGUACUUCUGUAAAUAAACCUUGAUAAAUAUACACGCUAUGUAUUUAAAUAUGUUUGAAUAUACAAUUAUAAUUAUGUUAAUUAGUUUGUCACAAUGAAGCAUCUAGUCUGUAUUCUAUUAUAUCUAGAUUUGUUUUGGAGUAACUUGUAUUUUGUAGAAACUGUCUCAUAAUUCAUAUCAAGUAUAAAUUAGUUAUAUUUUCAAGUAUCAUGCCGUAAGCCACAAAUUUUUUACACGCCUUUUUGUAUUUGAAACAGGCAAAAAUUUCUCAAAAUCUUUUAAACUUCAUUAUUUUUGUUUUGUCAAAUUCAUGGAGAAAUUUUCAGUUUUCCAGUAAAAAAAUUUUGGCAAUUUUUAUUUUUGCGAAUCAAGCUUAUUUGGUAAAUCCGUAAAAUUAAAAUUUGUUGGUUUACAGUAAACUUUAGUUUUAGAAUUAAUGUAUACAGAUCUGUCCUUCAUGUUUUUGAAUUUCAUAGAGAUACUGUAAAUUCGAAAAUAUUUGUGUGCCUUUUUAUUUGUGUAUAAACAUUUGAAACAUUGCAUUGAAUGUAGUUCUCUUUUCCGUUGAGUAGCUUGAACAUUCCAUGUCAUCAUCUUGCCAUUUUUACCCACAUUCCAAGAUAUAUCUCCAUUAUAUUUUUCCAAAUUCCUAGAUAAACAUGCUAAUAUACAUUUUUGCGAUAUCCCAUCAGUAAUCCGUCAGAUAAUUUAUAAUGUUUCAAUAAUUUUUUUACACUUUUAUCUUAUUCAUAUCAUUAAUCAACCGAAUAAAGAUUGUAUGCUAAUUCAUUUUAUUACUAAAUCAAUUGAAUAAAGUUUGUUUAACGAAAUAAUGCACUGGAUGCAUGUAUACAUAGUUCAAAGGUUUGGGGUAGUCUUCACCUGGAUCAAAAAUUCCUGAAAAUGAAAGAAGCUGUGAUAUUAUUUCAGGUUAUUGUUACAGCAUAUCCUGAUAUUGAAGCGAACAUUGCCCCGAACUGGUAGUGCUGGCACACCACAAUUUACAAAUAAUCUAAAAUAACUAACCAGUGUUUAAAGAGAUCAUGUCGUGCAUUGAUUACAUCAGAAUGAGUUGAAUCAUAAUUAAUAUCAUUAAAACCUUUGUAUGCUGUUAGAUCUCUCAAUCAUGCUGCAUGUUUUUCUUUGGUUUGAAUUUGAAGGCAACAUUCCACAGGGUGGCGAAGAGAAUGUAUUCAAUUGAAUUGUAGCAUCAACACAUUCGAAUAGGCUUUGAUCUUGGGCAUUUUUCUGUGCCACCCUGUACCGGUAUAUACUUAUUAAGCGCUUGCGAUACAUACUCUCUUGACACUUCUAUAAGAUCGUUUAUUUUAAAGGCAGAAACAUUCCAUGCACUGGUGUUAAGUGUAGCGAUUGUCACAUCUUCUGUUGUUCAAAUGGUUCGUUGAUUAUUGACACUAGGCGUGGUCAUCAGUUUAUUCGUGCAGAAAGGGACAUUUGCGACUAAAGUAUAUCCAAGUGGAUAUCAUGCAAGUGGUGUUAUAGAGGUGAUAUUAGAGUAUCUUUUGACCAUUUUGCCAAAUAUUGUAUGUCUAUAUCCUGACUUGGCUUGCUGUGUGCUGUUUGUAUCAUGACUCAACGAGUCGCUUUCAUAAACUGUAAGUAUUGAACACUAUGAUGUAGAAACAAAUAUUUUCUUGAAUAAAAUUGAGAAC